UCCCCAGGCUGGAAAGGGAAGUGACGCCUUGCAAGGGAUCCCGGAAGAAGCCACUUUGGGUCCUGGGUGCGAUUGCUGCUGCUGUGUGUUUUCACUUUCCUCUUUUCAUCACAAACCCAAGUUGCUGCAGCAGAGGAAGCAAAGAGAGAGAGAAAGGUUGCACCCUGUACUGUGUUCCAUAGUUUGGCCCAUCUGCUGCACUGCCAUGCUGCUGCCUGUAUCCGAUAAAUCUUGUGAUGUGGUUGUCAACUAGCUGAGUCUCUUCCCCACUGUGGGGAGAAAGGGCUGGCUAUGCAAUGUUGCUGUGGCUGACGACCUGAGAUGGCCAAAACAGGCACUGAUGAACCUCAGUUACCACUGGAAGAUGGGGAGUCGACUUCACAGGUCAAAAACGAAUGGUCAGAGGCAAGGCCAGAAUCUCAGAGUAUUGUGAAAAUUGAAGUGGUUUGCACAGACGAUGGAGAGAGCUCUACGCACAGCGCUGCGGAGGAGCCCACCCGCAAGCGCAAAAAGGGUCCUGCCCCCAAGAUGUUGGGUGACGAGGUGUGCAGCGUGUGUGGGGACAAGGCCUCAGGGUUUCACUACAAUGUUCUCAGCUGUGAGGGCUGCAAGGGGUUUUUCCGGCGCAGCAUCAUUAAGGGGGCACAAUACACCUGCAAGGGCAGCGGGCAAUGCAACAUGGACUUGUACAUGCGCCGAAAGUGCCAGGAGUGCCGCUUGAAAAAGUGCCGACAAGCAGGCAUGAGAGAGGAAUGUGUCCUAUCGGAAGAGCAGAUUCGCAAGAAGAUCCGUAAACAACAGGAGGGUGAAGGAGCCUCAGGUGGCGAGGGUGGUGGAAGUGAGGUUCUCCGGGUGCCUCCCCUGCCCUGUGAUCCUGCUUUGCCCCAGCCUGAGCCAGUUCCCCUCACACCCCAGCAAGAGGGCAUGAUCCAGCAGCUUGUGGCAGCACAACAGCAAUGCAACAAGAGGAGCUUCAGUGACCAGCCCAAAGUCACGCCUUGGCCAAUGGGAAGUGACCCUAACAGCCGAGAGGCCCGCCAGCAGCGUUUUGCCCACUUCACGGAGUUGGCUAUCAUCUCUGUGCAGGAGAUUGUGGACUUUGCCAAGCAAGUGCCCGGCUUCCUGCAGCUAUCUCGGGAAGACCAGAUCGCGCUCCUUAAGGCCUCUACCAUUGAGAUCAUGCUACUGGAGACAGCACGACGAUAUAACCAUGAGACUCAAUGCAUUACAUUUCUUAAAGACUUCACCUACAGCAAGGAUGACUUUCACCGUGCAGGUUUGCAGGUGGAGUUCAUCAACCCGAUCUUUGAGUUCUCACGGGCUAUGCGACAACUGCAACUGGAUGAUGCUGAGUACGCCCUGCUCAUUGCAAUCAACAUCUUCUCUGCUGACCGGCCCAAUGUGCAGGAUCACGGCCUGGUGGAAGCACUGCAGCAGCCCUACAUAGAAGCCCUGAGUUCUUACAUCCGCCUCCACCGCCCACAGGUGUCUGAGUUGGGUGGAAGAGUGGCACUAGAUGCUAAAGGACCACCUGAUGUUCCCUCGCAUGCUGAUGAAGCUGGUGAGCCUGAGAACCCUGAGCAGCGUACACUCCGAGCAGGUCUUUGCUUUGCGCCUUCAGGACAAGAAACUUCCCCCACUUCUCUCCGAGAUCUGGGAUGUACACGAGUAGACGUUUCUGGGGCUGAGGUGGGAGUGCGUGUGUGAGGAUGCAGAGCCACCUUUCUCCUGGCCCUUGCUUGACAUAUUUGGCUCCCUGCAAGGGACUCUGUGGAUCUCAGCACAAGACUUGGCAAUGGGCAGACUGAUCCCACCAGAGGAACUAUGUCGAGCAGGAGGCUACUGAAGCACUUUUCCCCUCCUUCCAUCCUUCCCCUGCCCACUUGUAUUUUCUCCACUACUCACCUCCUGCUUCUGUUUUUGGAGAAGAGGGAGGCAUCAGUCACAGUUGUGCUUUGCGUGGGAGUAGGAGGUAGAUGCAAAGGGUCGUCUCCCCCAAAGACUUACUCUGCCCACGUCCCUUCUUUAACAGCUCCACCCCAUGUGACAUUCUAGUUUUGACUAUACCCACAUGUGCCACCAACCCCACUAGAAAGGGGGAGAGUAUUACAGUGCAAAAGAAGAGGGAGAGGGUUGCCAUAUGCCUGGUAUCGAGGGCAGAUGCCCAGAAGGGAGGGAAAAUAAAUUCAGUCUUGACAAAUUAA